ACAAGUUGACUACACAACAAUCAACUUCAAGGGAGUCGACAACAGAAGAUUUAACAAGCGAAGAGUUAACUACUAUUACAUCAACUACAAAACAAUCAACAACAGAGGACUCGACUACAGAAGACGGAUCAACUACUGGCGCCUCAACGACACAAGAAUCGACUACAGGUGCAUCGACUACACAAAAUCCCACAUCAACAGAAGAAUCAACAACGGUAGACCAAUCGACGACAAUUUCCUCAACUACACAACAAUCAACAACAGUUGAGUCAACAUCUAUAGAUGAUUCAACGACAAGACUGUCAACCACACAGCAAUUUUCAACAGACAAGUCGACUACACAACAAUCAACUUCAAGAGAGUCGACAACAGAAGAUUUGACAAGCGAAGAGUUAACUACUAUUAUGUCAACUACAAAACAAUCAACAACAGAGGACUCGACUACAGGAGACGGAUCAACUACUGGCGCCUCAACGACGCAAGAAUCGACUACAG